GGUUAUAUGAGAAUAAAUUUUCCUUGGCAACGGCUCGAAAAGAUCGGUUAAUGGGCCCUUAAGGUGGGACAUUUGAACACCUCUUUGGUUCUGGGGAAUGGCUUGCCGAGGGUGGUGUCAAAGUUUUCAGUUGACUGAUACAUAAUCUUGGGUUGAGAGAUUUCUUUUCAGUGUACAGUGCUCGAACAUUUAAGGUUAGUAAUAAUUACUAACCUUAAAUGUUAUUAUAGUACAUGUAAUUAAUGGACCGAGUGGAGUGCAAUUCACUGGGGAGUAAUUGGGCAAGUAAUUUCAAAAUCAGAAGAGCGGUUAGCAUGAGGCUAACUGAGAUUACAAGCACAAUUACAUGUACUUCCUGAAUUGUGCGACACAAGGUCUAAUUACUAAAUACUCAUAUCAUUAUAACAAAAUUUUGAAAUUAAAGAGUCUUUUGAAACUAAUUCAUUUGAGCAAAAAGUGAGUAGCACCUUAAUUCCAUAACUGUAGGAAAUAUUUUAAAACAGCCAUUAAAGCACGCAUAAUUCACGUGCAAAUCACAUGGGUAUCGAAUGACAACUUGUUGAAAUUGGAUACCUGUUAUUGGACACCUGCAUGUCAAUGUGUGACAAAUAGCUGUGCAGAGAACCAAUCACAAUCAAGAAUUUUGUUAUAGAUAUGAUUAAUACAAUGACUGUAAAUAGUAAUGUUUAAUUUGAAUUUGCACAGUAUUUGUUUAGUGAAAUCUUAAUGAUAAAUUUCAGAAAAAAUGAGUGGUAUUGUACCAUCUCUCAAGAGUAUUGCUGGAAAAGUAGGAAGUGGGCUUGUGCGUGCCAAAAAUGCAACAGGAAAAUUGGUUGGUGCGAUUAACAUUCAAACUACCUUACGUAAUGCUCAUGGCAUCUUAGUGGUUGUUUGUGCUGGUUUUAUCGUAUACCAUGCGAAAACCCUUCAAGAUUACAUGAAUGCUUUCAGCAAUUAUGUACUGCCUGCUGGUAACUUUCUGCAUACAAUUGGUGAAAAAUGCCUGCUGUUUACUGUGCAAGCAGAAACUCCAUCUGCCCUUGAAAUGUUGCGGAAGGAAUAUAUAGCUGGUACAUUGCAGAAACGACUGCAGGAGUUCCUGGUUACUGAAGAGUUGAAAGAACUUACAGGUGAAGAGGACUUGGAGGUGACGAUAUACAUUGAUGAUCAGGAAUAUAAAGAUGCCCUCUUGGAUUUGGUAAUCAAAGAGUCAAAUGUCGACCUUGACAAACAUCCUCAGGAGAGAUGUCGGAGAAAGUCCGAUUCAGAUCUGCACUUCAAGCCAGUUGAGACUGAUGUCACUUUCAUGAGACUACGACAGGUCGAAAGUAGACUCCUCCUUCUUGAGCGAGAAAGAAGACAACAGAUAGAAAGUGAAAAUAAGGGUGGUUCAGACACGGUAUCUGAUGUUGAAAAUACAAGAGAUGAAAUCUGUGCUGCGGCUGCACCUGAAACAACGACAAGCAUGGAAAGGGGUCCUUCUGGAUUGGUGGAGUACUCACCCGAAGAAUUGAACUAUUUUCGAAUGUGUUACAUCUCUUUUAAGUUGAUCACAGAGGGACUGAGAAAAAUCUUCAAACAACAAUGGGAUUUUCGUUACAAAACAGCUUAUGGAGAAUGGGAAGACAUACCGAAGAAUGGUCGAGACUUUUCAUCUUUAGAAAGUCCCGGUAACCUUCGGCGUAAUGCAAGCUUAUUGAUGAUCAUGCAGAAUGGAAACACGACAGAAUGGGAUGGGGUUUGUUUGGCUUUCGCGAUCCUGUUCUCAGAUAGCAUUGGUGCUACUCUCAGUCCUAUGGUCAGAUCAUCUAUUGAUGACCUUCGCCGAUUACGAAACGAAGUUGCCCAUUUGAGACAGACCAGUCUUACUGAUGUCGAGUUCCAGAAUUAUGCAGAUAGAGUAUUGCAUGCAUUUACAUCUUUGGGUCUUCCAAUUAGUGAUGUCGAGGCUGUGAAAAACCAGAGAAGCUUCCGAACACCCGAAUUGAAAUCGUUAGAAAAGCUAGUUGAUGAUGUCACUGACAAACUGAAAGCACAAGUUGCUCCUGCCGUGCCAGAAGAUCACAAAGUUUUAAGCCGUGACGUGUAUUCAAAGGUUGAGCCAUUUUGUAGUCUCACAUUUAAGCCAUUACAUCAAAUUAUCGAACGUUCAAGUGACGUCAAAAGGAUCGUGGAGAAAAUGGAAGAAAUUGAGACUGGAAGUAAUGGGUUAGUUAGCACAAUUUAUUUUUCAGGAAGUCCUGGAUGUGGUAAAAGUCAACUAGCACGUCAAAUUGGACAAGAGUUCUUUAACUCAAGGUCACGUGAUGGUCCCACAUUUGUUGGAACAAUAAAUGCAGAAACCCUUCAGACUAUAGGGGACUCUUAUAUUCUUCUGGCUAAGCAGCUUGGAAUUGCAGAAGAUACCUUGACUAUCCUGGCUCUCGCGAUGGCAGAAAGGCCGAAGGAAACAAUUAAUCAUCUCAAGGAGUUGAUUUUGCCAACAAUGCGAAAGUUCCCUGCUUGGUUGAUAAUCGCUGACAAUGUGGUUGACUUAACAAUGGUCCGCAACUACUUGCCCCAGACUGCCAGUGGGGAGUGGGGUCACGGUCAAGUUCUGAUCACCACACAAGAUAGCAGUUCAAUUCCAACAAGUGCUGCUCACACUUACCAUGAAUCACUCAGUGAGGGAAUGCUUCAAGAUGACGCGAUGGAGUUAUUGAAAGAAGUGUCGCAAAUUUCUAACCAAGACCCGCAUGCAGAGCACGUUGCAAAAAGUCUUGGCCAUCAGCCGCUUGCCUUAGCAGCCGCAGCAUUGUACGCACAAGCUGUUGUCAGCGGAGGGUCUCCAGAGUACAGUUGGUCAGAAUAUUUCAAGUCAAUUAUCCAGGGCGAGAAAAGACCGUUGAUGACGAUGAUCACAGAUGAAUCUUCAAGAGCAAUGGCGACUUCCAUUAAAGUGGCAGUUGAUAAAGCUACGGAAACUGACGAAAUUCUCCGCCAGACGUUUACCCUCUUCUCACUGUGUGCCUCUGAUUCGCUUCCCAUUCAAGCAGCUUUGAAUUUUGUUAAAGAUCGUAGUAUCCAAUCUGAAGAGAAAAUUAAAGAGCAUCUUUUAGAAUCCUCUUCAUUUCUCUGUGUUUCUGAAGAAGACGGGUCACCCGAGUAUCUCCGUUUGCAUGCCAAUGUUCUUCAGGUUCUCAAGACAGAAGAUAUUUUUGAGUUAAAACCUAAAGAAAGGUCAGAGUGCUUUUCUGCAGCAUCGGACGUUUUGGUAUUGUUGCUGGAUGAAAAGCUAAAGGACUCGUUGAAAGAUGAGAAAGUAUAUUUGCAACUAAGGAAAAUUAAAUCUCACUUGAGCAGCAUUGUCACAAGCAUACAUGCAAGUAUGCUUACCUCAGUUUCCUAGAAGGUUCAGUAACUGAUAUCGAUUUUCAAUAAAUGGAAAUUUUGCUGCCCUUUCUACUGUACUAUUUAAAACAUGGUGUGACUAUGGUUAAACCUUCAUGAUCAAAACUAUGACAAGAGAUGGAACUGCUAUAUAUAAAAUUCGGCAACACAACUCUUUUACUUCAACUUUUGGUCUAGUCAGAUUUAGUUUUGAAUGAAUUUUUAAUCUAGUCUAAUCAUAUUUACCAAGUUACUGAUUGUUUAAAUCGCAUUUUUGUGGCCACAAAAGGCCAGUCAUUUACUCGCCAUAUAUAGAUUAUCUAAAGCGCUUUUAAAAUGUAUUUCUUAGUACGAAAGUGGCGCUAUAUAAGUUGUAUCAAAGAAGAAAUUUUAGUUAGAAAUUUAGGUUAAUUUUGUUGAAAAUAUAAAAUUAGUUUUACAUAUUAAAUUAGUUUUAGUGUUUGAAAUUGACGAAUUAGGCUGCCUCGGUAGAUUUCCUGGAAAAUAGAUCCCGUGUAUAUUGAACUUUAGGAAAUAACUUUACCCUAGUUAGCGUCAGAUCAAAGCGUGCAGAGAAAUAGUUAAUCGGUCUCGUUAUGUUGUGCUGAAACUAGAACAUAAAUGAGACUGCGGAGAGGCAGAUGAGUUAUUGCAAAUAUUGUUGUAAAUUAGUGGUAGUUAAAUUAAAAAUUACUAGCUGAAGUUUGUAGUACCGACAAACAAAGUCACCUUGUCACUUUUACUCACUAGGGUAGCCAAUUGCUGUUAGCAAACUUUCCCAUGGUCAAUUUGUAAAGCCAGGAAGUUUGCUUUGCUGCUGACACGUUGCGUUGUUGGUAUCGUGGUCACCGAAGUUAUUAUUUCCUAUUUUUAAAGCACAAUGUAAACUUGGUCUAGCUUAGUUUAUCUCUAAAUGGUUGAAACAGCUCUUCUUCGUAACUUCGCUUGUCUUACCAAGCUGCGUAAAAGUGUUUUCUACACGCGGUUUUUGGUUCUUUGGUUCUUCCAUGUAAAAGUGACAUGCGCUCAUAUUACAAUCGUUAAGGAAACCAUUUGUGUACAUAGUUAUUUCAGUAAUUAACAAUUAGACCCGUAGCCCUUUUGGGCUACGGGUCAAUAGCCCAUGAGGCGAAGCCGAAUG